AGACUUCUUCCAGACUUAUUUCACAGCCUCCGUCAGCCCAUCUUCCCCUCUGCUUCCCUCACUGCCUCAUCCGUCACUCCUCUACCCAGCAGCAGCUCUCAAUCCCAGGUAAACCCCAACCCUAGGCCAAGUCCCUGUGAACCUCAGCCCUAACACAACCCCAGACCUAACACACUCCUGCCUUUAUUCUUAGAUGUUUUUACACCAUCUUACUAACUGAUAACAUUAUAAAUAUGCUUUCUUUUCUCCUGUCCUUGUGACUUGACAGGGCCUGCUACUCUCCUCCAUGCACCUCUCAGCUGACCUACCAUCCAUCAGUCAUGACCACAGACUCAUCGUCUCCCCAGUCCCCCUGCCUAUCUCCUCCCUCAUGGCCAAUCAAACCAGUGGGACCGGUGGAGGUUCCUCCUAUGUACAGAACUACAUGCCUCUGUUCACUGCGUCAGUGCCCCCUAGUGGUCAGGCUGGAGGCUCCUCCCUCAUGCAACCCUCAGCCCCUCCCACACUGCCACACACCCAGCCCUGCCAGGGUGCUGUCACUGCAACAUCAGUAGCCCCCCCACCCCUGGACGAUGCCACAAGCCUGGACGGUUCCCCACCCCCAUCUGUCAUCACACACACAGCCUCCUCCACUGUUACACCCAGUGAGGCUGCCACCACCUUCAGUCAGGGCUCUGAGCUCAGCUCCCUGACCCGGGCUCCUCCUCCACCACCACCCCCCCUCCAGCCUCUGGCACCCUCACCUGCCAUCCCCCUCCAUCACCCCCAGACUUUCGCCCUGCCCAGACCCAUCCAGCCUUCUUGCCCCAACAAAAAGACAUGCCAUGUGCAAAGGAUUGUUCCUGCCAAUCCCAUCCCCUCAUCUCACCUCAUCCUAACAAGUGAGUUAAUCACAUCCCAAAGUAUUUAAUUGUUGAUGGAUGAUAAUGGUGUAUUGAUGUAAUAUUGAAUGAAUGCAUGCCUAGCAGGUGCUACCCCCCCCCCCCCCCCCCCCCCCCCCCCAAAACACUACCACAUAGAUACAAUAGUAAUUAUUGAAGUGGGGGAUUACUGCUCCACUAGAGAGCUAUCUCAUAUUGUGAUCUCACCACAAGGUGGCAAUACUGUUUCUCAUUUUUAUAGUCAGUCACUAUUGUAAUGAAAAACAGAAUGAAACCUAGUAAAUGUUUGUAGGCAAUUCAGCCCAAAUGAUCCUAGCAAAGAUCAUCAAUGACAUCCAAGCUCAAUAUUAGAGAUGAAAUAAAUGAGAGAAAAUCAGCAUUUAUUCUGUGAUGGUUGUAAUGUCAAAGGUUUUGCUGUCUCAGCCCCCUUCCCAGGGCAUACCAGUGCAGUGAUUGUUACUCCAACUCCCCUGAAAGCAGACGUGGUUCCCUCAACUGGCGUGGUCAUCGCCUCCUCAAGCCUAUCAAGGGUAAGACCAUGUCUGCUCUGAAGUGCCUCCCUUACUUUCAUCUGAACCCAGUUUUAUGUACGUUCGUUUUCAUUUCAUUUGUGUUUUAUUUCUACCCAUCCCUCUAUCUCUCUCUCAGGCUCCUGGAUUUCAUAUCCUUCCACAGACUCCGAAGUCUCCCCAGCUCAUUAUCAGUAAAGAGGACUGUACUGGUGAGAGUGACAUAUGCAUACAGGAUGUGGCAUGGUAACACAUGCAUACACAUUGUUUUGGAAUGUUUACAGCACUGUUCUGCUUUCCAUCUGUUUCUCCCAGGGCAUGAGGAGCGUGGCUCAGGUCAGGGGUCACCGUGUGGGUCAGAGCAGGUCUCCAGUCCUCAGUCUCCCCUCAGCAGCAGCAGCACAGCCCUCUCCAAGAACGAGUCCAACCAGGUAACAGCAGCCCACCCGCCUGCCUGCUACUCUCUCUCUCUCGUGUCUGUUUCCUUGACUGUUUAUAACUCCAGCUUUUUCAAGCAGGUCCGGUGUUGCGUGUGCCUGCCGUAGAAGCGUUGCAAACUCUGAUCAUUGUGAUGAUGUGUGUCUCUGUUCUCUCACUGUCUGUUCCAGAGCCGUAGGGUGACCCAUAUCACUGCUGAACAGAAGAGGCGCUUUAACAUCAACAUUGGCUUCAAAACGCUGAGCAGCCUGGUUCCCACUCUCAAGUCCCAGUCCAAUGUAAAGCCAUUAUAUCUGUCUGUUGUCUGUCUACUGAGUCAUCAUACUCAUAUCUUCCAGAUCUAGCUUUUGAUGGCUUUUAUUGAAAGAUCAUUUCAGAAGCAUUGUGUAUGCACAUUGCACAUCCAGAUAUUUUCAGGUGCAGGGUACAAAUAAUAAAGUAAUGGAAGAAAGAUGGAUACCCUCACACUGUUAAAUGCUCCAACAUGCAACCCAAAGCUUUUAUUUAAACUAUAAAAAAAAAAAAAAGACAUACAUUUCUCCAUGACCUUCCCAAUAUCGCCAACCAUUCUUGUUGUGUUUAAUACCAGAUCAGUAAUGCGGCCACGCUGCAGAAGACAGUGGACUACAUUGCGAAGCUGCAGCAGGAGAGGCAGCAAAUGCAGGAAGAGACCAAGAGGCUACGGGAGGAGAUUGAGGAGAUCAAUGCCUCCAUAAAGUACGUACUGCCUCACUGUUAUGUUAUCUCGCUCCUCUUGAGGAGACGGUUUCAGUAUUGGUACACAGCAAUAUAUAGGGUGUCCAAUCAAAAUCUUUUGACCAAUGGGAAAAAUUAUAUGUUAAUUGUGUAGAUAAUCCUCUAAGAAAACCAAUGGUCCAAACCUCAUGUCUCUUAUUAUAAUCUGUUCAAAAGUUAUUGGAGUGUUUACCCUUGUAGGAUGGCCAGAAAUAGGGUGACUAAAUCAAUGGAGGCCAGAGAAAUUAAGUGGUAAGAAAUCUGGAAAAUUGCAUUGCGUGCAUGAAUCGUCAUUUUUCUUCUCGAAUCCGCAGGAUAUAAAACAAUAUAGAGGUAAGAUGGAUAUUGAUUUUGAGACUUAGUAUUUUCAUAUUUUAAUAUACACUUUUCAUAUUUAUUCGACGAUUUCUCACAAAAACAAGCAUAUCUCUGUGAAAUGUCAACAGAGCACUGAACGUAUACCAAGUAUUUUUUUUAAAUCUUCAAAGCCUUUUACAUUUAAUUAGGCUUGUGUCAUGCUAAUUUAGCUUUUUGUGACCCGCGGAAACAACUUUUGAAGACAACGACCACAAAAUGUAAAAUCCUCUAAAGUUAUUCAGAGAAACCUGCACAGCUAUGUCAAGAGCUCAUGGCUUAUUAUCGGAUGUAUUAGGUUCCAAAAUCCGACUUUUUGGAUAUACUGUUAAUGUUAUGUUAGAGAAAGACCCCACUGAAUGAUUCAGAACAUGAAUAAUCAUUUUUGUCUCUCAAACAUGUAUUUUAUAACAUAAGGUAGGGAAAUUUCAUCACCAAAGCGCGUCUGGGCAGAGUCGGUGUACACCCUACCAUAUGUGAUGAUACCAUGUGUGAGUAUACAUUACAUAGUAAUCUGAUCUGUAUGUUAUUGCUGUGCCACAGUGUGUGUCAGGAGCAGCUGCCUGCUACGGGGGUGCCUAUCACACGCCACCGAUUCGACCACAUGCGGGAGAAGUUUGAUGAGUACGUGAAGAGCCGCACACUUCAGAACUGGAAGUUUUGGAUUGUAUCCUUUUUUUACCCUUAACAGUUACAUUUUAACAUAACUGUCAUAAUAAUAUAAGAUUCAAUCAGGCUACUUUUAAUAUUAUACUGGUUCAUUUUAUUUAGACCAGAUGGCUAGAUUAGAUGCUCUAUAUCAGCAAAGAAGAGCGAUCAUUUCUGACUGUUGGAAAAGCCCCCUAACCUCAGGUUUCAGACUCGGAAAGUAUUCAAACCCCUUGACUUUUUUCACAUUGUAUUACUUUAGCCUUAUUCUAAAAUGGAUUAAAUAAUUGUUUUCCCUUAUCAAUCUACACACUACCCCAUAAUGACAAAACGAAAACAGGUUUUUAUAAAUUUUUGCAAAUUUAUAUAAAAUAAAAAACAGAUACCUUAUUUACGUAAGUAUUCAGACUCUUUGCCAUGAGACUCGAAAUUGAGCUCAGGUGCGUCCUGUUUCCAUUGAUCAUCCUUGAGGUGUUUCUACGAUGAUUGGAGUCCACCUGUAGUAAAUUCAAUUGAUUUGACAUGAUUUGGAAAGGCACACACCUGUCUAUAUAAGGUCCCACAGUUGACAGUUCAUGUCAAAGCAAAAAUCAUGCCAUGAGGUCAAAGGAAUUGUCCAUAGAGCUCCGAGACAGAAUUGUGUCGAGGAACAGAGCUGGGGAAGGGCACCAAAAAAUAUAUGCAGCAUUGAAGGUCCCAAGAACAUCAUUCUUAAAUGGAAGAAGUUUGGAACCACCAAGACUCUUCCUAGAGCUGGCCGCCCGGCCAAACUGAGCAAUCGGGGAAGAGAAGGGCCUUGGUCAGGGAGGUGACAAAGAACCCGAUGGUCACUCUGAUAGAGCUCCAGAGUUCCUCUGUGGAGAUGGGAGAACCUUCCAGAAGGACAACCAUCUCUGCAGCACUCCACCAAUCAGGCCUUUAUGGUAGAGUGGCCAGACUGAAGCCAUUCCUCAGUAAAAGGCACAUGACAGCCCAUUUGGAGUUUGCCAAAAGGCACUUAAAGACACUCAGACCAUGAGAAACAAGAUUAUCUGGUUUGAUGAAGCCAAGAUUGAACUCUUUGGCCUGAAUGCCAAGCGUCACAUCUGGAGGAAACCUGUCAUCAUCCCUACGGUGAAGCAUGGUGGUGGCAGCAUCAUGCUGUGGGGAUGUUUUUCAGUGACAGGGACUGGGAGACUAGUCAGGAUCGAGGGAAAGAUGAACGGAGCAAAGUACAGAGAGAUCCUUGAUGAAAACCUGCUCCAGAGCACUCAGGAACUCAGACUGGGGCGAAGGUUCACCUUCCAACAGGACAACGAGCAUAAGCACACAGCCAAGACAACGCAGGAGUGGCUUCGGGACAAGUCUCUGAAUGUCUGUGGCCCAGCCAGAGCCCGGACUUGAACCCGAUCGAACAUCUUUGGAGAGACCUGAAAAGAGCUGUGCAGCGAUGCUCCCCAUCCAACCUGACAGAGCUUGAGAGGAUCUGCAGAGAAGAAUGGGAGAAACUCCCCAAAUACAGGUGUGCCAUGCUUGUAGCGUCAUCCCCAAGAAGACUCGGCUGUAAUCGCUUCCAAAGGCGCUUCAACAAAGCAAUGAGUAAGAGGUCUGAAUACUUAUAUAAAUGUAAUAUUUCAGUAUAAAAAUAAAAAUGUAAAAAAUUAUAAAAACCUGUAUUUGCUUUGUCAUUAUGGGGUAUUGUGUGUAGAUUGAUGAGGGGAAAAACUAAAAUUAAUCAAUUUUAGAAUAAGGCUGUAACGUAACAAUGUGGAAAAAGUCAAGGGGUCUGAAUACUUUCCGAAUGCACUGUAUGUAUUAACGUAGUAAAAAGUUUAGUAUUUGGUCCAUUUUCCAAGCACGCAAUGUCUACAUCAAGCUUGUGACUCUAUAAACUUGUUGGAUGUAUUUGCAGUUUGUUUUGGUUGUGUUUCAGAUUAUUGUAUGUUUCUAAACACUUCUAUAUUAAUGUGGAUGCUACCAUUAUUAUGGAUAAUCCUGAAUGAAUUGUGAAUAAUGAUGAGUGAGAAAGUUAGAGGUACAAAGAUCAUACCCCCAAGACAUGCUAACCUCUCACCAUUACCAAUAACAGGGGAGGUUAGCAUUUUUGGAGGGGUAUGAUAUUUAUGCCUCUAACUUUCUCACUCAUCACUAUUCACGAUUAAUUCAUGGUAGCAUCCACAUUCAUGUAGAAGUGUUUAGAAACAUAUUCUAUUUUUAUUUACAAUUAAAGUGACUCCAAAAUGACACUACAUUAUUUACCAUCAAUUUCUAUUGGGCACAAAAUAAUCUGAAUCACAACCAAAACAAACUGCAAAUGCAUCCAACAAGUUUGUAGCCACAAGAUUUAUGUAGUCAUUGCAUGCUAGGAAUAUAUGACCAAAUACUACACCUUUGACUACUUUAAUACAAAUAUAAGUGAAUUUGUCUAAAUACUUUUGGUUCCCUAAUAUGGGGGACUAUGUACAAAGUGCUGUAAUUUCCAAUAUGAAUGAAAAUACCCUCAAAUUAAAGCUGACAGUCUGCACUUUAACCUCAUAGUCAUUGUAUCAUUUCAAAUCCAAAGUGCUGGAGUACAGAGCCAAAACAACAACAAAAGUCACUAUCCAAAUACUUUUGGACCUCACUGAAGGACUGUGAUACCAUGAGCCAUCUGAGUAUAUCUGUCCUGUCUGUCAGUGUGAGAAAGGAAUAGGAUGCAAAUUCAGAUCUGUUUCCUCAAUAGUGUGUGUUUGACCCUUGACCCACCAUCCUUAGUUCAGCAUCAUCAUUAAGCCCCUGUUUGAGUCCUUCAAUGGGACGGUCUCCACCACAAGCAAAGGGGAGCUGUGUGAGACCACACUGCAAUGGCUGGACCGUCACUGCUCCCUGCCUGUGCUGAGGCCCAGUGAGUAAACGACACGCAUCACCCCAAACCGCUCACACACACGUUGUUUUCAAUUAAAUGGUAGCUGUGUCAGAGUAGGACAGUGAGGAGGUGGGUAGAGAAGGCACAGCUGGCUAAUGGUUCCAUUAUCGCAUUUCACUAUGAUUUUGACUUGAAUGACUGUCUUUCUGUAGGUGUUAGAUGGUAUGUGUGAUGUACGCUAUACUUCUUUCUUUAGAAUGUAUAAAAGUCCAUUCCACCCCCAUUUCUUUCCAAGGAAAGAUUUGCUACCUGGUGUGUCAUGGUCUGUCAAACACUAUCACACACAAUCUUUUCCCUGUCAUUUAUUUACAAGAAAGAACACAUUCAGUCUCUUGGGCAGCCUCUGUGUGAGACACACUCUCUAAGAGAAGAGAUCUCAUGAUAUGAGGGAGGGAUGUUAACGUCAGAGAUUAUUAUCGCUGGAGACUGUUCAGUUCACUAGUUUAUAUUACUACGGUCUGAUUAGCAUGCUGUCGGAAGUAGGAUCAUGAGUCAGCUGCACAAUCUGAAGCCCUACUGAGAGGCAUGCUAGCUCCUUGUCGUUAUCUUGUUUUGUGUAACUUGUUUUCACACAAAAUGUCAACUGUGAUGAAUGUAUAGCUGAUUGGUCUUUCUGUUGUCCAGUGGUCCUAAGCACUCUCCGGCAGCUCAGCACGAGCACAUCUGUCCUUACUGACCCCACCCUGCUGCCUGAGGAAGCCACCCAGGCUGUCACCAACACCCACAGGCACUCUGCAGACUCCUAG